AUGCCCAGAAAUGUUUUUCAACUUAUCAAUGCUAACAUAGAGACUUACGAUGUCACAACUUUUCCGGAUGAAGUUGAGAAAGAGAGUUGUUUUAUAGGUGAUGAAGAAGAGAGUGAGGACAGUGCAUCCGAUGAAGAGGAAAAUCCAGAGAAUAAAGAAGAGACUGAAGAAGAAGACUAUUUGAGUUGUGAUGAGUGGGUCAAAAAACAUCCUGUUGACCUGACCGGAGAGAAGCUAAAAAAGGAUGUUGAAGUGAGACAAAAAGUAAAUGAUGAAGAGACUAUAGAAAAAGGGUUAAUCAAAGCAUCAAACACGCCAAACUCAAAUGACAAAUUUGGCAAAAUUAGGGAAGUGUUGGAAGCUUUUAUUCACAACUUAGUGAACAACAAAUACUUUACACCGAGCACCACACUAUCGGUUGAUGAACACCUUUGCGCAUUCAAGGGAAAGAUAUGGGCAAAGGUAUUCAUCAAGUCCAAACCUCAGCGUUACGGCAUCAAGUUUUGUUUUUUGUUUUUGUUGUAA